AUUCUAUCUACAGUCGACAGUAACUAGUAGAGAGAAGUAGAUUAGUCUGCUUGUAGUAGACUAGUGUUGUCUCAGUAUGUACACUGUGUUGUAUCUACUUCUGCUUCAAGUAGCUCUCUCCACAGUUGGAGGUGCGAUAAACGACAUUGAAUGUACACACGGUCACCACCGCCAUCAUGCUCGGGGAACCGGGUACUACCCUGCAGACGAUCCCAUUGAGGGGGGAUUUGUGGACAUGCGUGAUCAUAAAUUACAGACCCUACAGGAUUACUUAGAGGGGCGGGUCCACCACGUCAGCGUUGCAAUGGAUAACCACGCAGGGAUACCUUACGGAACUCAUGUCUGUAUUCCAGAGCUGAACAGAAAGUACCACAAAUUCAUCGACUUCGUUGUUGUGGAUACUGGUCCUGCUUUCUAUGGGAAGGGAUACAGCAGAAUUGACAUCUGUUGUCGAACCGAGCACGACACGUUUGACGAUACUAUUAACGGACCUCUAACCCUAGUAUUUCGCUGAAUAAAUAUUGUGAAAUUCA